AAAAGGAUGGAAACACAAGGAGAAAGGGGAGAGAUAGGAAGGAAGUUUGGAGAGGAGGUAUAAAACAAAGGUGGAGAAAUUUUUCCACCGACGCUUGGAUUAUAGAGAGCGCGUCUGGUUGGGUUCGUCUUUCCCACCAGCCACACAAACCACGCACAGAGACAGAGACAGAGAAGAAGAAGAAGAAGAAGAAGAAGAAGAAGAAGCGAUAGUAUAAGCCCAAAGGAAAAGUCGAAACGCAUCGUCGUUUGGGAGUGAAAGUGAAAACAAAAAAAACAAAAAAAAAAAAAAAGGGAAAAAGAAAAUGACGUCGUCUUCAGGUACAGGGAGGUUUAUGGCGUACUCUCCGUCUCCCUCUGCUCCUCACUCCCCUUCCCCUCAUCUCUCUGUCUCUGGGCUCCGCUCAGCUUCUUCUUCCGCCGCUCUCGUCAUCGAGCAGGAAAAAUAUCUAUCUGAGUUGCUUGCAGAGCGUCACAAACUCAAUCCAUUUAUGUCUGUGCUCCCACAUGUCUGCAGGUUGUUAAACCAAGAAAUAUUGCGUGUAACCACACUGUUGGGGAAUGCAUCAGUUUUAGGUCAAAGUGGGCUUGAACAUGCUAGCCCCCUGGCUUCUGGAGGAAUAUUUUCAAAUGGAGGUGCCGAUGUGAACGGAUGGGCAUCACGGUUUCAAUCAGAAAUGUCAAGUUUAUUACAGUCCUCAUCAACACAAAACUGGAUGAGUUCUCAAAGUAGCUCAUCAGGGUUAAUUGUUAAGCGAACAAUUAGAGUGGAUAUCCCGGUUGAAAAAUACCCAAAUUAUAACUUUGUUGGGCGUCUUCUAGGUCCAAGGGGAAACUCUCUUAAGCGAGUUGAAGCAAGUACGGAAUGUCGUGUUCUGAUCAGAGGUCGUGGUAGCAUAAAGGAUCCAGCCAGGGAAGAAAUGAUGAGAGGAAAACCAGGGUAUGAACAUUUGAAUGAACCUCUUCAUAUUCUAGUCGAGGCAGAGCUGCCGGUUGAAAUAGUUGAUGCUCGAUUAAUGCAAGCACGUGAAAUACUUGAAGAUUUGCUCAAGCCAAUUGAUGAAUGCCAAGAUUUCUACAAGAAACAGCAGCUGCGAGAAUUGGCAAUGCUUAAUGGUACUCUUCGCGAGGAGGGUUCUCCCAUGUCUGGCUCAGUUUCCCCGUUCCACAACAGUCUUGGUCCAAAGAGAGCCAAGACCAGGGGUUAAUGGAUCCACAAUUCUUGAUGACGGCUCUCAAUCUUGUGUGCUAAUUUCUGUGAGUAAACAGCGGGUCCCCUGCCACGGGUGUUGUGUGUCAGACAAUGCCUCCGACUGCCAUCGGGGCACUGGCACAUACAUUAUGUGCCAGUUCUAACUUUGUUUCUAUAUGAUAUGAAGUGUGUUUAUCGUCUGUUUUGGGGGAGGUUUAGUGACCAUAUUUGCAUAGUAAAAGAACCGUUUUGAGUUUGGAGGGGUUUGCUUUUGUAAUGUUGCAUAGGGCAGUUUGGUCAGAGCAGCAUCUCUCUACGACUAUCUUUAUAUUUGUUAGGCCUAUUUAUGUGGUGACAGUUUUGUUGCAACGAUGGGUUGCAGUGAGAAAGUUACAUAAAGGUAUGGCUUGUAUACACAUAUUAUAGUGAGUCUCUACCUAAAUGCGUGUUGUCGGGGUUGGAAUAUUUUGUAAGUUUAGAUGGUAUUGUUAGAUUUGUUACAAGUUAAUUCUUCAUUGUCGUCUAGUAAAAUUUGUUUAUCCGAA